AAAAGCUCCAUCUUCUUUCUGUUGCCUCUGUUUCUUCUUCUUCUUCUUCCUCACUUUUUCUCAGUCUUUUCUAUCUUGUUCGGAAAGAGAUAGGAAAAGAAUGCCGGCGGUGGGAGGAAUAAGCAGCGGAGGGAGUAAGGCUUACCCUGGGAGCCUCACUCCUUUCGUGACAGUAACAUGCAUAGUUGCAGCCAUGGGUGGUUUGAUCUUCGGUUACGACAUCGGAAUUUCAGGUGGGGUCACGUCCAUGGAUCCGUUUCUGAAGAAGUUUUUCCCGUCGGUGUUCGAUAAGAAGAACAAGGACAAAACGUCGAACGAGUACUGCCAAUACGACAGCGCGACACUCACGAUGUUCACCUCGUCGCUGUACCUGGCGGCGCUGUUGUCGUCGCUGGUUGCCUCCACCAUCACGCGGCGGUUCGGUCGGAAACUCUCCAUGCUUUUCGGUGGCCUGCUUUUCCUUGUCGGUGCUCUCAUAAACGGUUUCGCCCAACGCGUGUGGAUGCUCAUCGUGGGUCGGAUCUUGCUCGGGUUCGGUAUCGGCUUCGCCAAUCAGUCUGUGCCGCUCUACCUGUCUGAGAUGGCUCCAUACAAGUACAGAGGAGCAUUGAACAUUGGCUUCCAAUUGUCAAUCACGGUUGGAAUACUUGUGGCCAAUGUGUUGAACUACUUCUUUGCCAAAAUCAGUGGUGGUUGGGGAUGGAGGUUGAGUUUGGGUGGAGCUAUGGUCCCUGCCCUUAUAAUCACAGUUGGGUCACUAGUCCUUCCAGACACUCCCAAUUCCAUGAUUGAAAGGGGUGAUCGUGAGAAAGCCAGGGCCCAGCUUCAGAAAGUCCGUGGUGUGAGUGAUGUUGAUGAAGAGUUCAAUGAUUUAGUUGAAGCUAGUGAAUCUUCACUCCUAGUGGAGCACCCGUGGAGGAACUUGUUGCAAAGAAAGUACAGACCCCACCUCACUAUGGCAGUGUUGAUUCCGUUUUUCCAGCAACUUACUGGAAUCAAUGUCAUCAUGUUUUACGCUCCUGUCCUGUUCAGCUCCAUUGGGUUUAAGGACGAUGCUGCUCUAAUGUCAGCUGUGAUCACUGGUGUUGUCAACGUUGUUGCAACUUGUGUCUCAAUUUAUGGUGUUGAUAAGUGGGGUAGGAGAGCCCUUUUCCUUGAAGGUGGUGUUCAAAUGCUCAUUUGUCAGGCCGUGGUUGCAGCUGCAAUUGGAGCCAAGUUUGGAGUUGACGGGCACCCUGGUGAUUUGCCAAAGUGGUAUGCAAUUGUUGUGGUUCUCUUCAUCUGCAUUUACGUAGCAGCAUUUGCCUGGUCAUGGGGUCCCCUAGGGUGGUUGGUGCCCAGUGAGAUCUUUCCAUUAGAGAUUCGUUCGGCAGCUCAAAGUAUCAACGUUUCCGUGAACAUGUUCUUCACUUUUGUGAUAGCUCAAGUCUUCCUGACAAUGCUUUGCCACAUGAAGUUUGGCUUGUUCAUCUUCUUUGCCUUCUUUGUGUUCGUGAUGACAAUCUUCAUUUUCUUCUUCUUGCCUGAAACCAAGGGCAUUCCAAUUGAAGAAAUGGGCCAAGUUUGGAGGGCACACCCGUUCUGGUCCAGAUUCGUUGAACAUGAUGAUCAUGGCAAUGGUGUUGAAAUGGGCAAAGGGCCUAAAGUGUAGUUCUUCUUCAUGAACUGUUUAUUUUUCUGAAUUGCUACUCUAUUUUUUUUUCUUUUGUUGGAAAAUCAUACUAUUGGUGUAGUGUCAAUGUGAAUGUCCAUGUUUGGAAUUGUUUCUAAAUAUUAAAGGGCUAUUUGUCUUAUAA